CUCACCUUGUCACUGCAGCAGCUCUCAGGAAUCCGGACUUUUUUUUCUCUCUUCCUUUCGGUGAGCUUCUUUUGCCUGGUCGCACCUUUUCACGCGCACACACACGCACACGCCUCUGAGCGAGUCCUGCGUCUUCCGGGGUCAUCCUUCAACUACUAACUUCUUACUCCGUUUUCCUACCAUCCGCUUGAUCUUGAAUCCGCCGCCUUCUUGUCACUUAGCUUCUGGUCUGUCUCAAGUAUGAAGAUCCUCUGUCUGCACGGGCAGGGCGUAAGUGGUGCCAUCUUCAAAUCUCAGUCGGCCUCCUUCCGGGGCAAACUACCCUCAGACUGGGAAUGGGACUUCCCUGACGCACCCUUCUCGGCCAAACCACACCCAGGCAUCGACCUUCUCUUCGGCAGCCCGACCUACACCUGGUGGCUUCACAAUACCAUCAACGCCGUGCGCGGCGCCCACCUCUGGCUGGAGGACUACAUCGAUGAGCACGGCCCCUACGAUGCGGUCUGCUGCUUCUCCCAGGGUUGCUCCUUGAUUGGGAGCUACCUGCUGUACCACGCAAAGGAGAAGCCCGAGAAGCCACUGCCCUUCCGCUCCGCCAUCUUCAUCUGCGGAGGCAUGCCGCUGCCCGUCCUGGAGGACCUCGGCCUCGAGGUGCCGCAGCGUGCCCACGAGCUGCACGAGAGGACAUCCAUCCUCAUGCGGGCUAAGAGCGCUAUGCUGUACGACAUCGACAAGCUACCCAAGGGCCAGGGCCUAUGGGACAACACGGCCGACCUCGAACACGACUUUGAUGAGCUCCCCGACGAGACGGACUGCUACGGGCUCGACUUUACCAAGUUUCCCAAGGACAUUAGGAUCAAGAUCCCGACGGCACACAUCUACGGCGCAAAGGACCCGAGAUGGCCGGCGGGUAUCCAGCUGGCCUACUUUUGCGAUAAUCGGAGGAUGUUUGAUCACAUGGGCGGCCAUGACAUCCCCCGAACCACAGAUGUGUCGAACAAGAUCGCGGAACUGGUCAAGGAUGUCAAUGGUCUCUGAGGGACAAAACAUAGGAGACCCGAUGACGAACGCAGCAGGGCAAGUCGGCUAAAAUUAACCUGCUCUGCGUUAUGAUAGAUGGCGUUGGUGGUCACAAUGAAAUAGAUUUGUAUUAAAAUGCAAAUCCAUAUUACUGCUGGCCAAGCAUUCCCCAACACCAUGCACCGCGUCGUCAACCCAUAACUUAACACAAGCUUUUUGAAGGGCAACAUGCACCUCGGCUUCAGAGUCUCUAUGUACAUACUUAGCUCUCAUGAAAUCUGCAGGAGAAUGGCAUCGUCAUCUUUGUGUUGGAUCUUGCGUGCCAUGAGGCAGUUCUGAAUACGCCAUUCACCUGUGCACCGGAUGUAACCUGGUUCAUGUGAGAAUAUUCAGGGCGCCGGAUGAGUUUCAGAAGUUUUUCUCAGCAAUGAAUGAGUAUGGACAAAUAAAAACGUCACAACCUCACACG